AUGAGGGAGACCCCCUGGUCCCGUCCCAGCCAGCCAUGCCUUCUCGAGUUCUCGAAUCCCCAGACUGAAGAGAACAUGGCUGCUCUCACCACCUCCUCUCAAGUUGCCACGGCCGUAGCGCGCGUCGCUGCGUCAGCAUCCGCGUCAUCUUCGCAACCCGCGAGCUCCCUUUCCCAAUCGUCGUCUUCGCGAAUCGCAGCGUCAUCGCCACUGCGACUCGCUGCAUCGUCGCGGAGAGCCUCUAUCCAGAGAAGGCACGCGGUCGCCACUGAUCGGCUUGUUCAAGGAGAUAAAGCAGAGGGGAAGGUGAAGGCCGAACAGAUCAAGGUGGAGGAGGAGGCUGCAGAGAUCACCCGUGAUGACGUCCCUGUUCCGAGUGCCUUCGAGAUCCAGUCGCUGUUGAUGGAGCUCUGCGACGAGACCAAGAUCGCCGAGCUCAGAAUCAAGAUCGGCAAUAUGGAGCUACACGUGCGGAGGGACGUGGGCGGGGUGGGCAUCAUGCGCCGUGGCCGGCAGGUCAAGGGCAAGAAGGGCAGGCCCAUGGUCACUGAGGGCUCAGAGAUAAAGAAGGGGCAGGUGGUGUGCUACCUAGAGCAGCUUGGCACGCAACUCGCUAUCGAGUCGGAGAAUGCUGGAGAGGUGGUCAAAUUCCUUGUGGAGGAUGGGGAUGCGGUCGGCUAUGGCGAUCAACUCAUUGCAAUCCGGCCGUCAUUUCCGGGAAUCAAGAAGCUCGCACUGUAG